AUGAACGAAGAUACCUUGGGUUACCGAGACAAGAGCAACUAUUGCGAGUUCCACAAGGAUGUUGGCCAUGAAACUGAGGCAUGUUGGCAAUUAAAGAAGGAGAUUGAGCACCUCGUGCAAAUGGGCAAACUAAAAGAAUUCGUGGGGAGACCUCAGAAAGAAAUUGAAGAGAGGGGUAAGCAGGUGAAGGAUUGUCAAACCCUAGGUACAAUCCACACCAUCUUUGGAGGCUCAUCAGGAGGGGAUAGCAAUUCAGCGCGGAAAAGGAGAGCCAGGAAAAUUUAUUCCAUCUUACCCCAACAAAGGCCAAACAUAAGACCACCUCUCUCAUUCUCCGAGAUUGACAGUGAAUAUGUGCAUACCCCACACAAUGAUGCCUUGGUAAUUGAGGGAAUCAUGGAGAAUUUAGAGUUUUGGUGGACGAAGGAU